AUGUUUAAUAAGACGAUUAGCAAUUAUUCAAACCUCUUAUUUAAAUUAAAUUAUUGCAAUGCUGUUCAGAAAUCCUUGCAAAUAUUGGAAAAAACUUCAUUGAUUCCGCAUGUCCCAGUUUUAUUUCAAACAGUUACACAAUACUUACUUCCAGGCCCAAAUAAGACGAUAAUUGACAUGACAUUUGGUGCUGGCGGUCAUAGUAAAGAAAUUUUGAAGCGGUUUGAAAAUGUUAAAAUUUAUGCACUUGAUUGUGAUCCGAUUUCUUACAAUUAUGCAAAAACUCUUCAAAAGGAGCAUCCUGGUCAAGUAAUUCCUCUUCUUGGAAAAUUUUCAGAUUUGCCAUUAAUACUUAAAUCAAUGGGGGAAGAAAAUAUAUUAGUUGAUGGUAUUUUAUUUGAUUUUGGUUGUUCUUCAAUGCAAUUCGAUAAAGCUGAAAGAGGAUUUUCAAUAUCUAAAAAUGGGCCGCUAGAUAUGCGAAUGAAUAAUGUUGAUCCAAAUCAGUUAACAGCCGGUGAAAUUCUAUCAAAAAUUGACGAAGUUGAUUUAAUUAAGAUACUAAAAAUAUAUGGUGAAGAGAAACAGGCAAAGAAAAUUGCACGAAGCAUUGUUAGUGCUCGUUCGUUGUUUAAAAUAAACACAACCAAACAAUUGGCUGACUUGGUAGAAAGUUGUUUUAACGACAAUUGUAAUCGAGUAGACAAAUUGUUGAGACCAGCUCAUUCGGCAACAAAAACUUUUCAAGCUCUUAGAAUAUUUGUUAACAACGAAUUGAAUGAAAUUAAUUUUGGUAUCAAAUUAGCUUACAAAUUAUUAAAGUUAAACGGCAGAUUGGUUACACUAACUUUUCAUUCUUUAGAAGACACUAUAGUCAAACGUCACUUGCAGAGUUCGAUUUUGCAAAACAAAAAAUAUAAAAUUGAUGCACUAAAAUAUUCCAGUCAUGAUUUUUUUUAUGAUAAUGAGAUUUUAGAACAUAUUUUAAAAAGAAAAUGGAAACAACUUCAUAAGCAUGUAAUUAAACCCAAUGAGGAUGAAAUAAAUUGGAAUCCAAGAAGUAGAUCUGCUAAAUUGCGAGCUUCGGAAAAAGUCUUUUGAAAUUAUCAAUUAAAGGUAAUGAAGAAACUUAAAUUCCAUCUGAGUACAAAUUCCACAUGAAAUUGCUCUAAAAUAAAAUUUAUAAAAGCUAUGAAAUCUAGUUCCAAUUUCUAUUACAAUGUCUUUUUAAGGCCAAUAGAUGUAUUUGUUUGUGUAACACAAAAAUGAUUGCCUUGCAUAGAUUAUAUAAUAAACGUAUAAGAAUAUAUAAUAAACAUUUUUCAUUCGGUACGAAUAUAUAGCAAUGUAUGUACAUACAUAGAUAUAUUUCAUAUGCGCUGCUUCACAAAUCUGUACAUAAUUUAACUUUUGCCCUUUAUAUGAUAACAGAUUUGUAAAAUUAUUUUGAAUGUUGGCUGCUUUACUUUAACUAAAAUUUCUAGUAUCAAUUUGCAUUUCGAAAAGACGGGUUCUUUGGAUUAACUAGAAAUCUUAAAUAAACAAGAUGCCAGUUGGAAAUUUAAUUUCGGGAAGUGAAAAAGCAAAGUGAGUUUAUUAUAAACUAGUUUCCUUAUUUUAAUUUGUAUAAGUUCUUAUUAAUACAGAGCAUAAUAAUAAAACUUUUGACACAUA